UGUGGUGUCUCGGUGGGCGGGGCUGGAACGGUCAGUCUGGUCCCGGAGCACGGACCGGAGCGGGCUGGGGAAAGAUGUUGCCCGGCCGGAGGAAUGUGUAUGUGCUGCUGGACGUGCUAUGCGUGUGUAUCGCAUCAUUGCCGUUUAUUAUUAUCACACUGGUAAACUCUCCAUACAAACGAGGAUUCUAUUGCGAUGAUGAAUCAAUCAAAUAUCCAUAUCGGGAAGACACGAUUACUAAUGGGCUAAUGGCUGCCGUCACCAUUUCUUGCACAGUUGUUAUAAUCACUUCAGGAGAAAUGUAUAUGGUUUUUUCUAAACGACUGUACUCUCGUUCAGAAUGUAAUAACUAUGUUGCUGCACUGUACAAAGUGGUGGGCACCUUCUUAUUUGGAGCCUCAGUCAGCCAAUCUCUUACUGAACUGGCCAAAUACAUGAUCGGGCGACCCAGACCCAACUUCCUGGCAGUCUGCAAUCCUGAUUGGUCAACCAUUAACUGCUCCGGUUACGUGACAGAGUUUGUCUGCCGUGGGAGCCAUGCCAACGUAACGGAGUCAAGGCUGUCCUUCUACUCCGGGCACUCAUCGUUUGGAAUGUAUUGCAUGCUGUUCUUGUCUCUGUAUGUACAGGCCCGGCUUUGUGGAAAGUGGGCCCGUCUCCUCAGGCCCACAGUGCAGUUUUUCCUCCUUUCCUUCGCCCUGUAUGUUGGCUACACACGUGUAUCGGAUUACAAGCACCACUGGAGUGACGUUCUCGUGGGUUUGCUGCAAGGAGCUAUUGUGGCUGCCUUCACUGUUCGUUACGUCUCAGAUUUCUUCAAGGUUAGACCUCCCCUUCCUUGUACCAAAGACCCUCUUGAGAGCAAACCAAGCCUCCAACUUUGUGAAUCUGACCAAAAUCACUUUGGAUAUCUGGGAGCAACCUGACUUAAUCAACUCCCCGCCCAUCUUUUAAAUGCCCCUAGGAUCUAAACCAACCACUUCUUUGGGGUACUCCUAACUGGAAAGAACAAUCUUUGCACACAAGCCUUUCCAGUAGGCUCAUGGACUAAACAGAAGGGUUUCCACUGGUUGAGACCUGUCUGGAUUUUCAGAAUAUAUUGUGAUGUAUUUUUUCUUUUUUUAAAGCACAAAACCAAAGUAAUUCCUUUUUAUUUCUUGUGGCAGAAUGAAAUUGUAUUUGUCUUUGUACCGAGAGCCUGCUGUCUGCAUGUUUAUGUCAAGGAUAAUUUUUGUGUAGGUCUGUGUGUGAUAAUUCGGUAUUGUUUGAGUGUAAGCCGUUCUUUGUAUGCGUGUGCCAGACUGAUAUUGUGUGUCUGGGUCUUGAUGACCCAUUUGUCUGUGGUUGGCAUUGUUUGGGUGAAAGCGUAGGGCAAAAAAAGCAAUGCCUCCAUUGUAUCUCUAAAAUCCUACUGGGCAGAGCACCACCCUAUGUUUUCACUCGGCGUGAAGGUUGGAGAGCAAAGGCUGCCUGAUUAUCCGUCAUGUUGAUAACUUGUCUGUGCUGUUUACUUGUCUGCGUCUCCACCUUGCUUCUUAACCACUUCUGUUUUCCUCUCAACUUUGCAAAGGUUCGUGCAAGUUUGGGAAAGUGCUUUAAUGGGAGAGGCCAAAUGCUAAAGUCCCCCAGGACACUCCUUGUACAUAGUAUAUUCGUUUAUUGGGUUUUACUGUGUAUAACACCCCGAGUCUAUGUGUGCAGAAAAAACAAGACACAAUCCCCAGCCAACUCAGGUGGUCAUGGGGUUAACUUUUCCAGUACAUUAGUCUAUCUGCCACAUUUAUUUCUCUGGUUUUAUUAUAAUGUAUAAUUAUGUAAUGUAACACUAUGUUUCCACUUCUUCCACAACUUCUAGGCCAUCCUCUUUUUUUUUCAGUUGUACCCUUUUGCACCAAUUGCAGUCCUUAUUCUAAACAUGCACUGGACAGUGAUCAGAAAGAGGGUGGUUUUUAGGAGAUUUAAAGGUUUAAUAAUAAAAUCUUCCCACUUUCACUCUUUACAAUAUCACAUUUUUAGUGCAUGGAUGAGUUAACCCUUUGGGAUCCAGCAGGGAACCACCUCCGUAAAGAGCUAAUGCUGCAUGCGCAGACUCGGGACAUACUGACAGAUUGUGUCCUUUUGUAAUUAAUGCUUUUUUUAUUGUAUAAUAUGUAAUAAAAGCAGUGGUGUUGGGGGUUAAAAUAAAGCCUUCCACACUUUCAGCUGUCGCAAUCGCUGAGCACGUGAUUUUUUUGCAAGAAGGUGAGAGUAAGGUAGCAAAGGGGCAUACGUAACAGAAAUGUUACCACAAGGCAGUUUGUCAAAGAUGCCCCUUUGAUUACCAUGUUUGAACUUUCUUUGAAGUGGUUGAGAGAUAACAUGUAUUAAAGGGAUCCAGCAUCCAGUCAUAUUCAA